UCCUUGGGGAGGUUGACGUCGGUUGACGUCCUAACCUCUAUCAUAAAAGAUUAUUCAGCUGAUAUUCGCCUCCAAUCAAAAUUCUUAUGCCCGAUUCCUCCCAAAAUUAAAGAAAAAACAUUCAUCUGAAUGAAACUGUGUCGAAGAAAACGGUCAGUUGAGUAUAUUAAAUACUGAAAACUAGCAAAUACUCGUGACAAGUUAAUUCAGUAGAAUAUAUAAUAAUGCAAAAUGGAGACGCUGAUAUCACAGAGGAACCGGCAUCUGCAAAAAAAUGCUUAAUGCUACAUAUAAUCGAAUGUUUUAUUAUUGAAUAAACAAUGUCUGGGCAAUCACGAAAGUUUCUCCAAGGUAUUGCUGCGCGUAUUAGCAAAUCACCUAUGGUGUACAGUGCAUCAACUGCAAUUGAAAAUGCAUCGACAAAGGCUCAAGGACAGUUGACCAACCUUCAAAAUAUUGCAACGAAAAAAUACGACACUAUCGUUAAACAAGUAAAUGGAUCAACAAUAAUUCAGGAUCCGAACUUGGCGCCUCUGGCACAACCUGCACCAAUACCAAAGAGCCUUAUAAAUGUAUGGCGAUGGUAUCAACAAUUGACAGGUCUCCAAGAUGUAGAAAUGGCCCAGCAUCAAGUUAUCGCUGUACAGAACAAAUUAUUCAAGUGUCAGGAUGAACGUAGAGUUCUAAAUCACCAAGCAGAGGUAAUAGCAGAAAAAUUGAAAGAUGUUUAUGGAGAACUGGUACAAAUCAAGCGUGAAGACCCCAAAUAUGUCCAGUUAACAAUAUUGGAAAACAAAGGAUUGCAGGAACAAUCGAGAAUAACAAACCAAUUAAAGCUCUUAGAAAAUGAAGAAAGAGAUCAUUUUACACAACUGGCAACUGCCAUAAAGGAGUAUCACGACAGUCAAGCAAUGAAUGCUCAAAAAUAUAAAUAUUUAUCCAUUCUUGCGUCAGCCACGCUUGCAAUCAUUUCCCUUUGUGGUUCAAUGAUAUAUAACAAUAGGAGAAUAAGAGAUAUGAGAAUUGCCAUAGCAGAGGCUCAGAUACAGAAUGAACAAACUUUCAAGGAUCACUUUGAUUCUUUAGAAAAAAUAAUUACUGAGGGACUCAGUAGAGAGAUCGUUGAAAUUCCUCAUCCUCAACAAGAGACUUCUAAUUUUUUUACAACUAGAAAUAUUUGCAUUGGGGUUCUGACUCUUCUGCUAAGUAAAUUAUUUUGGUAAAAGAGAUGCUCGACCACAAGAUGCGUUACAGGCUGCAAAUAAUUGAUUGCAUUUGUUAAAGGAUAAUAUAACACAUAAAAUGAUAGGUAGGUAAUUAAUUGAAAAGGAAAGAGGUGGUUGACUGGUUCAAGCGAUGAUUUUACUGAUUUAUUUCAAAAAGUUUAUUAGGUGGUUGGUAAUAACUAUUCUUUUCAUUUUUAUAAAAGUAAAAAUGAUUUAAGAAACUUGUUUGAACGUCAUUUCAUUUCGAGAUGCACUGAGGAAAGAAAAUCGUUUGCUAAUAGAAAAAAAUUUAUUUCAUAUCUUUAUUAUUACGAUUAUACAUGUAAAUAAACGGUAAAAUAAAAAGAUUGUUAAUGAGUA